CUUUCGUCCAACAAAUUUUAUCUUUCGUUCCGUCUCGAAUCUCGACCACUCAAGGGCCAAACUGGAUUUACUCCGACGGUAUACCUCAAUCGGUUUGGGUCGACACUGAUACUUUCAUGAUACCUUCACAUCUUUCAUGAAUUUUUACUUUUCCGCUGCACAAGUCUUGGACCGUCUGGAUGCAAAACAAGGCUCUAUUAAGGGUCUGAUAGCUACACUUCCUGAGAAAGACAGAAAGAGAACGUCUGCUCUCGUCAUCGAGACACUGAAAUACAAGGCCCCUUUGAACGAUGUCAUUCAUGAAGCGCAACUCUUGAAAGAAGAACGAAAGAAGUUAACUUCUGCGAAUCUUACACUUGUUCUCGUUCACGACCUGCUUCUAUCAAACGGCGGUAUACAAGCGGGUGACGGACCCAUAAAACAAGCAGUCCUACGGCAUAAGACAAGGCUGAAGGCCGAGCUUCAGAAGCUCAAAAUCAAACGUGGGGUCGCAUCGGAUGCAGAGCUGGCACUUUUUGGGGACACUAGAGCAUCUCAAAUACCACGUUAUGCCCGGGUCAAUACUCUUAUAUGUUCGACAGAGAUUGCGGUAGAGUACUUUGUUUCUCAGGGUUUCAAACUGUCUAGUCCCUUCGACGAAAAAUCCAAUAACAAGGGGUUUUCCAAAGACGAGCAUAUUUCGGACCUCUUACUAUUCCAUCCCCAGAUAUCCUUCCAAGAUGACGCGUUCUACAAGGCGGGCAAGAUAAUUCUCCAAGAUAAAGCUUCAUGCUUCCCGGCUACUGUUCUCAACCCUCCAGCAACUAAGGACACCGCGGUCAUAGACGCUACAGCUGCGCCCGGAAAUAAAACUUCCCAUUUGAGUGCUUUAAUGCAGAACAAGGGCAAGCUGUUUGCUUUCGAAAAGGAUAAAAGGCGGUUCAACACCUUGGAGAUGAUGCUAUCAAAAGCAAAGUGUAAAAACGUCAAGUUGGUGAAUGCCGAUUUCCUUACCACAGAUCCUCUUGACCGGGAUUUGAGCAUGGUCACCCACAUUCUUCUCGAUCCUUCUUGCAGUGGCUCAGGAAUUGUGAACCGACUGGACUAUCUGCUUGAACAAGAACAAGAGUCCGAAUCCGACCAAGGGGAACGCCUCCAUAAACUGGCUUCCUUCCAGCUGUUGAUGAUCAAACACGGGAUGAAAUUUCCGAACGUGAAGAAAAUUGUCUAUUCAACUUGCAGUGUUCACGCGAUCGAGAACGAGCAUGUUGUAGCCGAAGCUCUCAAGUCCGAUGAAGCAAAACAUGGGAAUUUCAAGCUUGCGACUGCCAGUGAAGUUCUACCCCAAUGGCCGCGGCGCGGUCUCCCACAGGAGAUAGAUGACCCACGCCUUGCCCAAUCCUUAGUGCGGUGUAUGCCCGGAGAUGACAAAACCAAUGGUUUCUUCGUAUCAUGCUUUAUCCGGAAUGAAGUUUCGGACGAACCCGUCCUCCGUAAUGACGCUCGUAAAAGUAAAAGGAGAUUGGAAGAUAAAUCAGACCAGUUGGCUGCUGAUGCUCAGACUGGCGAUGGUCCGCGGAAAAAGAAGCGAAAGAAGAAGAAUCGGAAAACGCUCGUAUCUUGACCCGUUGGGCUGUAUCGCUUGUUACAAGGGUUGGGUAUCUGUAUGAUGUCGUUGACCCCUGGCCUCAGCUGACGCAGAGAUGCUUACCCGAGCCUCAACGGCGUUUCCCCAGGUGGUUCUAAACUCUAGCAAGGUUUCAAUCCCUUGCAACGUACAAGCACCGACUUCGGUCGGCCCAGCUGCUGGUAGCGGGGACAGCUAGGCGUCUGCUCACCUCUGUGACAAUGCUCCACACAAAAAACAAGGAGAUUGUUGACCCCAAUAGGUUACUCGGAGUUGAAUUUGAGUUCUUGAUAAGCUCUAAGCUUCAAUGCUAGUGCAAUGCUUGAACGGAGACGCGCUGUUCCCGGACUGAGCGGGAUCUUCAGAGUAUCCUCUACGUAGUUAGAUCUUCCGGUCGUGAGCUUAAGUAGCGUUCAAGAUGGCAGCCUGGGUUCAGCUCAUCACUCGGUGCAAAUACUCAGUGAACUAGUGGGUCGACUAGG